AUGCCUUCCAUAUCAGCCUCCAUAGUCACAGUUCUCAUACAAUGGUUCCGCGCAAACAAGGCCGUCCAGGAGGAUGAAGAGACGAUGCGCCAGUACAUUCACAACACCUACGUACGGCCACAAGACCAUCGCCCUCCCAGCAGUCUCGGCUCGAACGUCACCAUUGAUCGCGUCGAUGUACAAGAAUGGCCCUUAUACAAGAUAUCCACCACGAACGCUCAGAAUAAGAGCCAACAGCGAAAGGCCCUUCUUUACAUCCACGGUGGAUCGUUCUUUAAGGAAAUCUACCCCCAGCAUUGGCAACUCGCCGCGCAGAUUGCUACUGAGACGGAUUUGGAUGUCUUGGUACCGAUUUAUCCGCUGGUCCCGAGACCGGUAGCUACGGCACAGAAGCUUGCCGAUGGGUUUGUCGAAAUUUGUCGUUUGUCGAAACAGCCCAUCGUUAGUAUCGCGGGCGAUUCAGCGGGCGGUACACUCGCUCUGUCAACUACUCUCCAUGUCCGAGACACAGCGCCUGACCUUUUCGCAAAAGUGCGCUCGGUGAUUCUUAUAACGCCCUUUCUCGACUGUACAGUCGAUCAUCCAGAAGCACUACGUAUCGACAAGAUCGAUUUCUGGCUGGGUGUAACGGGUCUUCGCAUCUCAGGGAAGAUGUUUGCAGGAGAUUUGCCGAUCAAACAUCCCCUUGUUAGUCCGUUAUACGGCGAUAUGGAUAAGCUCCCGCCAUUGUUGAUGUUUGGGGGUCCGAGGGAUUUGCUCUGUGCUGAUGCGAGACGGUUAAAGUCAAAGUUGCUGGGCAAAGACGUGGAUGAGGCUCCGGCGGGGGGUGUGGAGACGGAUCGGCUUGUGUAUCUUGAGAAGGAGGGUAUGAUUCAUGUCUGGCCUCUACUCCCGCAUAGUGAAGGUGCAGAGGGACGAAAGAUGAUUAGUUCUUUUGUUAAUAAGCAUUUAGAGCGAUAG